UGACGCGCUGUCUGCUUUAAACCCCAAAAUUGAAGUUCGGACUGAGAGUCUUUCAUUUAUGAAGGGACAUUUGGGAUCGGGAUUGUGCCUUUUGUUUUCUACGAUUUGUUUUCUAAUGUGAGUGCUAAUGUGAGAACACUAAGGCAGCCCCACGUUCGUCUGUUCUCGUCUGGUGGAUGAAGAUGUCUACAGUGUGAAAGAUUCUUUCAAGCAGCUACUGUCGACGAUCAUCUGCUGCCGAGUUUUCACGGCAUAUUCUUCGGUGAUUAACGCGAGACGGAACGAAUGAGAGCCCUGCUGAGAUGGAGGCCGAGAGAGCAGGCGCAGUGGGAGAUGGCUUCACUGAGACAGAACCAGCCGGUAUCUCUCUCCUCUCUCACCAGAGGUCACUGUCUACUGAAUCUGACACCGAUGACAAUGAAGACUGGAGAGAGACCAGUAACACUCGGUCUGAUUCCAACUCUGUUGAGAGUCCAAGUGUUCAUGUUAAAGAGGAGACACAUGAUGCUGAUCACAAAUCGCUCUCUAGAUGUGGGAAGAAACGCUUCUCAAAGGCUGAACUAAUUCAACACCUGAAUUCCUGCUGCCGUGGACUUUUGACUUGUUCGCUUUGUGGGAACCAUUUUGAGGAUAGAGAAAAACUGAGGAACCACAUGAGAAUUCACUCUGGCCAAAGUGUGAAUUGCUCCCUGUGUGGAAAAUCUUUUUCACAGAAAGAUAACCUGAAGAGGCAUAUGAGAAUUCACACUGGAGAAAAACCUUUCCCCUGUUCCCAUUGUGGAAAAUGUUUUUCACAGAAAGGUGACAUGAAGAAGCACAUGAAAAUUCACACUGGAGAAAAACCUUUCAUAUGUUCUCAGUGUGAAAAGUGUUUCUCUGAGAGGGGUGACCUCAAGAAGCACAUGAGAGUUCACACAGAGGAAAAGCCUUUCAUCUGCUCUGAGUGUGGAAGAGGUUUUGCACAGAUUGGCGUCCUGAAUACUCACAUGAGAAUUCAUACUGGAGAAAAACCUUUCCUCUGUUCUGAGUGUGGUAGAUGUUUUUCAUAUAAAAGUGAAAUGAAUGAUCACAAGAGAAGUCACACUGGGGAAAAACCGUUCAACUGCUCCCAGUGUGGAAAACAUUUUUCACGGAAAGAUACCUUAAGGAAACACUCCAGAAUUCACACUGGAGAAAAACCAUAUGUCUGCUCCCAAUGUGGAAAAUGUUUUACACAGAAAUGCACCCUCUUUGAUCACAUGAGAAUUCACACUGGUGAAUCACCUUCCGUCUGCCCUCAGUGUGGAAAAUCAUUUGCUUUAAAACGGAAGCUGAAUGCACACAUGAAAUCUCAUUUAUGAUAAUCUUUGUGUCUUGUGUCACUUAAAAAAUAAUUGAAGUUAAACCACCUCCAAGAGAAUCAUCUGAGUGUGUCAAAUAUGGCAUACUGUGUUACUGCACUGACAAACAGGAUUAUUCUGACCAAGGAGAAGCACAUUCCUGGAUCAUGUUGAAUAUUUCCACUAGGACGACACUGAUCAAUAUUUCUUUUGUCCGACACUGAUGACCCAUUACAACUGGAUGAUACCGAUUUUUCCUGUUUGUUUCCUAGCAACUGAAAUGCUCACAAAAUAACCUUUUGUAAAUAAUUUACACAAACCUAUUGAAUAAAAACAAUUAACGAAAAUAAAUAUUACUCAGUACAUUAACAACAGAUGGACACUCCUUCAAUAGUGACUGAAACAUGUUGUUUAAUGCACCAAACAUUCGGUAGUGACAAAAGGUAACAUUGGCACACAUAAGGAAAAAAAGCUUCCAUCCAAUUCAAAUGUGGUGUUUUUCAUAUGAAACGUAACUACUAUGACAUACACAGUUCUGUGAAAGCCAGCGGAAGCGUAUAAGAAGAGACUCACCCACACCACUUCCUGGAUCCAUUUGUAAACAAACCACCCUCCGUGACCGAGCAACACCUCCCAGCAAAGAACAUUGUUAUUCCUGUGUUUUGUAUCUGGAUGUUGCUGAAUAUGUUGGUUUGGAGAGUGACGACUUUUAGUGCUCAGCUCGUUUCCUUUGAAAGAGGAGAGUUUCCAUUGCUAUGAGAAAGAUUGUGUUCUUGUCACCAGACAUUCUUGUGCUACUGCUGCAGAAUCAUGUGUUGUUUUCAAUGUCUGUGGGACUAAUGAAGGACAUCUAAUCUAAAAUUGUCUUUAAUUCCUCUGCAGGGCACAUCCAGGAGCCCUAGGCUGGUGGCCUCUCACAACUUUAUUGUUCGCUUUGUAACAUCAUGCUAAUACCAACAUAAAUACAGUUGGUUCUCGGUCACCUCUCAGUCUUCCUUUAUUCCCAGUGAGCAGCAUUGAAAAUUGAAAGUGUAAAAAGGUACCUUUAUUAGGUCUGUUUCGUAUUUACUUUCUCUGCCUUCUCUGAGACGAACCAAAAGCUAAUCCUGAAGGAAAUAACAGACCAAGACAGCAGGUUCAC